CAGAUCCACUUAUACAAGCCAUUUUGGCGGCAUGCACGCCGUGAUUGGCUAAAAUUCGGGAGGAAAAAGGUGAAAGGGAAAUGCCAAAACACAUACCACGUGCCACGCGCCUACCACCACAACUACAAUUCGUUUCAUUAUUCUGUCGAUUUCUUCAAUUUCUUUCUCCUAUUCCGAUUGAUACUCCUCUCAAUUUUCGCACCUUUCUACUCCUCCCGCAAUCCACCUACCCCCUUUUUUUUUGACUUCCGUUUCAAUCUAGGGCUUUCCCGAUCUUCCAAUCCUCCCCCUUUCUAACCUUUCGAAGAUUUAAUCUGAAUUCUUUGUUCAGUGAAAAUCGUUCUUUGCAGGGGGAUCUCUGCGCGGAUUGAGGACGUCGCUCAUCGAAAGGGAUGAGCUUUCAAGAUCUUGAAUCGGGUCGGCCUAACGGGUCUCGCCGGGAUUUUUCCAAUGGGAAACAAGACCCCACUCAGGCCGUCGCUUCUGGGAUUUUCCAGAUCAACACCGCCGUCUCCGCCUUCCAGAGGCUCGUCAAUACGCUCGGUACCCCGAAAGACACCCCUGAGCUGCGGGAGAAAUUGCGUAAGACAAGGCUACAUAUUUCACAAUUGGUGAAAGAUACAUCAGCCAAGCUAAAGCAAGCAAGUGAAACUGAUCAUCGUAAUGGAGUCAGUGCUGCCAAGAAAAUUGCUGAUGCUAAACUUGCUAAAGAUUUUCAAGCUGUUUUGAAAGAAUUUCAGAAGGCGCAGCGUUUUGCUGCAGAGAGGGAAACAGCAUAUACACCGUUUGUUCCCCAGGCGGUCCUUCCAUCUAGUUACACUACCAGUGAGACAGAUGUCAGGACAGACAAGGCUCCAGAGCAACAAACUUUGCUUAUGGAAUCACGAAGACAAGAGGUUUUACUUUUGGGUAACGAGAUUUCCUUCAAUGAGGCUAUCAUAGAGGAAAGGGAGCAAGGGAUAAAUGAAAUACAGCAACAAAUUGGAGAAGUUAGUGAGAUUUUCAAGGAUCUUGCUGUUCUAGUUCAUGAGCAAGGAGCAAUGAUUGAUGAUAUUGGGUCAAACAUUGAAAACUCUCAAGCUGCAACUGCACAAGGAAGAUCACAACUUGCUAAAGCAGCAAAGACCCAAAGAUCAAAUUCAUCUCUAACAUGCCUACUCCUCGUGAUAUUUGGAAUUGUUCUCCUUAUAGUGAUCAUAUUACUCGCCGCUUGAUGAGAAGAAAGUGAAAUUCUAAAAAAUCUGCUCAACAAUACAUCCUGCUACACAAAUCGGGUUGCGUGGCAUUAUGGCAAAAGUGUUCUCGUAAUCAUGGAAUGUUUGGUUUUACAGGAUAAUUGUGCCUUACAAAAUGUCUUCUUUCAUGAAGGGGGGGGGGGGGGGGGGNGUUCCUUGAUUGUCUGGUUGUAUCUCUCCCUGUCAAUAAGAAUUGAAUUCGUUGUUGACACAACCAUGUUUUCUUGCUUGUUUUCUUCAUGCUGAAGAAAUGCUCUUAUUCAUGGCACAUGAUUUGUUUAAUGUAAUCUGGGUUUAGUCUUAGACUAGACUAAAUGUUGCUCGCGGGCAUGUUCAGAUAUCGAAUAUUCGUUAUUCUUUUGUUACGUAUAUGUGUUGUAGAUUUUGUUUGUAAGCAUUCUCAAUGUUUGAGUGGAAUGCCAUGGUUAAAUUUAUGG